GCGGAAGAGUAGGUUUCCGGAAGCCGAGCACAGCUGGAACAGCAGGGGCCGCAGCUGGAGGCAGGAGCGCCUGCGGGGCGAGCAGAGGCGAGGGUCUGCCCAUAAGAAGGGCGAGUGUGCGCGCCCCCUGCGCCCCGCGCACAUCUGGGUCGGCCCAUGCUCCGGCGGGCAGCGAGCUUUAACAUCUGGGGCCGGGCGGGGGCAGCGGGGGCUUGCGCGCAGUCGGCGCGGCGGAUGCGCCGGGCCGGAGGGUGAGGCCGCACAUUGGGGCAGGGACGGAGCUGGCGCUUCCAGAUUCUGCCAGGGGCGGCAAGGGGGCCGCCGCGAUGCCAGGCGAAAAUAUCUUCCUGUUUGUGCCUAACCUCAUCGGUUAUGCCCGGAUUGUCUUCGCCAUCAUUUCUUUCUACUUCAUGCCCUGCUGCCCCCUAACGGCCUCCUCCUUCUACCUGCUCAGCGGACUUUUGGACGCUUUCGAUGGACACGCUGCUCGAGCCCUUAAUCAAGGGACCCGGUUUGGGGCCAUGCUGGACAUGCUGACAGACCGCUGCUCCACCAUGUGUCUGCUGGUCAACCUGGCCUUACUGUACCCUCGGGCCACCCUUCUCUUCCAGCUCAGCAUGAGCUUGGAUGUGGCCAGCCACUGGCUGCACCUCCACAGUUCUGUGGCCCGAGGCAGUGAAAGUCACAAGAUGAUCGACCUGUCUGGAAAUCCAGUGCUCCGCAUCUACUACACCUCCAGACCUGCCCUGUUUAUCCUGUGUGCUGGAAAUGAGCUCUUCUACUGCCUCCUCUACCUGUUCAAUUUCUCUGAGGGACCUUUAGUUGGCUCCGUGGGUCUUUUCCGAAUGGGCCUCUGGAUCACUGCCCCCAUCGCCUUGCUCAAGUCCGUCAUCAGUGUCAUCCACCUGAUCACAGCCGCCCGCAACAUGGCUGCCUUGGAUGCAGCAGACCGUGCCAAGAAGAAGUGACCCUGGAACCCCUUGCCCCUGGCUGCCUACCUGCCAUGGGAGUCUCACUGUGCCACGUGGCUCCCCUCUCUCCUAGGAGCUCCCAGGCUCAUGUAUUCCUAAUGUGUUGUCCAACCUGCUGGGAAGGGGGUCAGCCUCUUUGGAGAUGUUAUCCUCUCCGUAAUCCUGAGGACCAGUCCCUGCUCCUUUGAUCCCUAAGCAUCUGGACGUCAAAUCAGGAAGGAUGCUCACAGGGCCCCGCCCAUAGGGACAGUGCUCCUGGAGCGUGAAGAGGCCUGACUGCGGACUGGGCAUUGUCACACCCGCUGGCUCAGCCCUGGGGUCUGGCUUGGCCUGAGACUUUAGGGACAUUUGAGUGAAUGAGAUGGAGUAGGGGCCAGGUUUCCCAAAAGGCAGGGAGUCAGGCCUCUGCCCCUGGCCAGAAAAAGCCUGCAGGUACCAUGGCCUGGAGAAAAGGGACCUUCUAGAUCCUUCCCCAUUGAGUCUCCUCUGUCUGGUCUAUCCUGGGUCUGAAAACCUCAAUAAUAAAGGCCUGAGACGGAGGGAGGGCUCUUCACUAUCCUUCACCGUCCUUUGAGAUACUCUUGGAUCAGGGCCUGGGUUGAGGGGAGCUUGGGGAAAAAGGAAGAUCCAUCUGGAUGCUUUUCCCCCAGUUGUUUACUGGCUGGCUCCUUCCUGUCAUUCCACACUGACCUCAGAGAGGCCCUCCCUGUCACCCAAGCUCAUGCUAUGUCCUCUGCCCACCUGCUUUAUUUUCUUUACAACUCUCACUGGCCACAUUUAUUUGUAUGCCUGAUAUUUUCUACCCCCACUAGAAUGUAAACUCCACAGCUAUAGACUUCUUGUUCCUUCUCUAUGCCUACAACGAAGAUUAACCUUAACCUGGCAUAUCGUACCUGCUUAAUAAAUAUUCACGAAUAGAUGA